GAUUGGCUAUGGGCCGAAAGUCUGCUCAUGGAUUGGCUGGUCUAGCUCAGGGGGUGGAGGGGCUGCGACCUGAGAGCAGAGUCCGCCCCAGAGACUUCAUAUAAGACACCCCCCCCCACACACAAGCUACUGCAGAAUCGCUUUGGUGUUCCUGAUCCUCUCUUCUGGUCCUAGUCUGGAGACUCUGGAGCAGAGGCACCAGAGACAGCUCUGAGCGCACAACCCAAGCAGCUCCUUGGGCAUCCGGAGGCCCCAAGGGCCGUCGGGUGAGCACUUGGUUCUUUUAGCUAUGGGGUCCGCAGCGUUGGAGAUUCUGGGUCUGGUGCUGUGCCUAGUAGGCUGGGUGGGCUUGAUCCUGGCGUGUGGGCUGCCCAUGUGGCAGGUGACUGCCUUCCUGGACCACAACAUCGUGACGGCUCAGACGACUUGGAAGGGGCUGUGGAUGUCGUGCGUGGUGCAGAGCACCGGGCACAUGCAGUGCAAAGUGUAUGAGUCUGUGCUGGCGCUGAGUGCUGAGGUACAGGCAGCUAGGGCACUCACCGUGGGCGCAGUGCUGCUGGCGCUGGUGGCACUCUUUGUUACCUUGACCGGCGCUCAGUGCACCACCUGCGUGUCCCCGGGCCCAGUUAAGGCACGCGUGGCACUCACGGGAGGAGCUCUUUACGCUCUGUGCGGGCUGCUGGCGCUCGUGCCGCUCUGCUGGUUCGCCAACAUCGUGGUCCGCGAGUUCUAUGAUCCGGCGGUGCCGGUGUCUCAGAAGUACGAGCUGGGCGCGGCGCUGUACAUCGGUUGGGCGGCCUCGGCACUGCUCAUGUGCGGCGGUGGCCUCGUGUGUUGCGGCGCCUGGGUCUGCUCCGGCCGCCCGGAGUUCAGCUUCCCCGUCAAGUACUCGGCGCCGCGGCGGCCCACGGCCAACGGGGAGUACGACAAGAAAAACUACGUCUAAAGGCGGGAGGCACGGCAGGGCCCUUCCCGCAG